CUUAAUUCUGAAAUUGAUCUUGCAUUAGAAGUUGGGUCUACAGAUAAUUUUAUUGUUAAUUUAAAUAGUAAAAAAAAAUUUAGUUCAGAAUUAUUAAAACAAUUAGUUAGUAUUUGGGAAUUAGAUUUAAAAACAGUUGAUUCUAUAAUCAAUGAAGGUCAAAAAAAA